AUGCUUCAUACAAGAGUCGAAGAAGAACUUCACGAAAAUGCUCAUAUCGAUUAUGACCGUGUAGAUAUUCAAUGGAAUCCUUCAGUUGCACAAUUAUAUGAGGAUGCUUUAAAAUAUGAAACUGGUUCUGCAAUUUCUUCAACUGGGGCUUUGGUAACAGCGUCUGGUAUUAAAACUGGUCGUUCUCCAAAAGAUAAACGCAUUGUUGACGAACCUGGUUCAACUAAUGAUAUCUGGUGGGGACCUGUUAACACUAAGUUACCAGAACAUGUUUUCCUUAUCAAUCGUGAACGCGCUGUUGAUUAUUUGAAUACUCGUUCACGUAUUUAUGUUUUUGAUGGUUUUGCCGGAUGGGAUCCGAAAUAUCGCAUCAAGGUUCGUGUCGUUUCAGCUCGCGCCUACCACUCCCUAUUCAUGCGAAAUAUGUUAAUAAGACCUACUCCGCAAGAACUUGAAACUUAUGGGUCUCCUGAUUUCACUAUUUAUAAUGCUGGUGCUUUUCCAGCAAAUCGUUACACAACUGGUAUGACUUCAACUACUUCAGUUUCCAUCAAUUUCCAUAUGAACGAAAUGGUAAUCCUUGGUACUGAAUAUGCUGGUGAAAUGAAAAAAGGAGUCUUCACUGUAAUGCAUUAUUUGAUGCCUGUUAAGCAUAACGUUUUAUCAUUACAUUCAUCUGCAAAUGAAGGUUCAAAUGGAGAUGUUUCAAUUUUCUUUGGUCUUUCCGGUACCGGAAAGACUACGCUCUCCGCUGAUCCAAAACGCUUCUUGAUUGGUGAUGAUGAGCAUUGUUGGUCAGAUCACGGUAUCUUUAAUAUUGAAGGGGGUUGUUACGCCAAAUGUAUUAAUUUAUCUUCCGAAAAAGAGCCAGAAAUUUUCAAUGCUAUCCGUUUUGGUUCGGUCUUGGAAAAUGUUGUAUACGAUUCACAUACCAGAGUCGUGAAUUAUGACGAUUCUUCACUUACGGAAAACACUCGAUGUGCCUACCCAAUCGAGUAUAUUCCGAAUGCAAAAAUACCGUGUAUUUCAUCAGAUCAUCCAAAGAAUAUCAUUUUAUUGACAUGUGACGCCUACGGAGUUCUCCCACCAGUAUCAAAAUUAUCUUCAUCACAAGCUAUGUAUCAUUUUAUUUCCGGUUAUACCGCAAAGAUUGCGGGUACUGAAGAGGGAGUGACAGAACCAGAGGCUACCUUCUCCGCAUGUUUUGGACAACCUUUCCUUGUAUUACAUCCUUAUCGAUAUGCUAAAAUGUUGGCAGACAAAAUGGAGCAUCAUAAAGCUGAUGCUUGGUUAAUUAAUACGGGAUGGAACGGGGGAGCAUAUGGUGUAGGAGAGCGUAUUAAACUUAAAUAUUCUCGAGCUAUCAUUGAUGCUAUUCAUUCCGGUGAAUUAACUAAAGCAGAAUAUGAAAAUUACGAUGUCUUUAAUCUUCAAAUUCCAAAAUCAUGUUCCGGAGUUCCAACAGAUAUUUUGAAUCCUUCAAAAACUUGGAAAGGUCCUCAAGAAACUUUCACUAAAACCCGAGAUUCGUUAGCUGCGAGAUUUGUUGAAAAUUUCAAAUUAUAUCAAGAACAAACCGAUUCAGAAGUUGUUCAUUCUGGUCCAAUUCUUCCAAAAUAG